GUGAAGCGCAGCGCAACUAAUGGGGGAAUCGCGUCAGUUUCGCUCCGAAGAAGAGGAGGGGACGGAGCAGGCGGGCGGACGCUGGGUUAAAAGAGAGCGGCUGCUGCGCGUUCGUGACAUCACCCCUCCCUGCUUGCUUAUAUACUUAGGGGACAUCCAGAGCUCCCUUUAGGGUCCAGUUCUUUAAAAAUCAGCUCAAGGCAGCAGCUCUUUUUCUGCGCGACUCUCUCGCACCCAGAUAGCUUGCCUUUUUGUAUAUGGACUUCACUUUAUAGAGGGAAAAGGGAGAGCGUGGGUGGCAAGCAUGGUGAAGAUGCAGCUGGUGUGCGCGAUGCUGUUGGCCUCCGCUUCCUGGAGCCUGGGCUCAGAUUCAGAAGAGGAAAUGAAAGCCCUAGAAGCUGAUUUAUUGACUAAUAUGUACACAUCAAAGAUAAACAAAGCAAAAUCACCCCAGUGGAAACUAAUACUUUGGAAUAUUUGUGACUUCAUAAGCAACCUGAACACUCCAGAAGAAGAAACAGGUGACCCUGAAGAAGAUUUUAUGAUGAGAAGACAAUUUGCUUCUACUUCUGAGAGCUUCACUUUGGAAGCAAUGUUGACACUGUAUCAGCUUCAAAAAGUCUGCCACACCAGAAACGUACAACAAUGGGAGCAGUUGCUCCAACAAGAUAUUUAUGAUCCAGAGAAUGCAAGUCAAGAUAAAGAUCUGAUGAAGAGAAAAACUCCAUACAUCCUGAAACGACAAUUACACGCUAAUAAAGUCCGACGGCCAUACAUAUUGAAGAGGAGUUCAUAUUACUGAUUCAGCCUUUAAAAUAAUGUACAUGUAGUUUAUAACUAACUAUGCUUUAUGUCUCCCUUAUUUCAACCUCAAAUCUUAUGUGUGGAAAUAUAUUAUGGAACGCAAUCAAGAUGAUAACAUAACUGUGUACUUUUUGCUAUUAUUGUUAGUUGAUUGUGAUGUUUUUCCUACUUAAAAUUGACUGGACAAAUACAUUUACAAAUAAAUCUAGUUUGUAAGCAUUAUGUAUUGUAUGCCAUUGAUAAUAUUAAAGAAUUGGCAAUGCUAUUUACUCUAUACCGCAUACCUGUUUCUACAAGUAUGAAAGCAUAGUUAUAUAAAAAUUGCUUGUUUUAUCAUGUGCUAUGUGAUAUACUAUCCAGUCUUCAUAAGCAAACAGAUAAUUACUUAAAAUAUUAUUAAUAAUGAGUAUUCCCAUUAAAUAAUAUAGAAUUAAUAAAUUAAUAACAUCCCACUCAAAUUCAUUUGCUUGCAUUCCAGCAUAAGCUUAUGGAACAGAUGAUGGUCAUUGUUCAGAGUAAGUUAGGCACAUUUAAAUAAUUGACAAAUCAGAUAUUUCCUGAUCAACACAAUUCAUGAGUAACAAAGGUUCAUUCUGUUCAACAGCACUGACUUCCGUAUACAUAGGUUGGCAACGAUAAUUCAUAAGUAUAUUAAAAUAAAUGCUAAGUUCAUAUCUUGUAUGCAUUUAUGUCCAUUGGACACUUGUUAGAUGGAAGAAUUUAAGAUGUCCAAAAUGGAAUAUAAAGUUUGGAGAAUAUUAGUGGCAUAUUGGUUAAACAUCAGAGUUUUUUCCCUACAGCUAGUAGGAAAAACCACCUAACUAUAGCCAAAUAUAUUGUUGUAGCAGUUAAAGCAAAGUAACAACUAACGCCAACCAUUACAUGACAAUUCUUUGAUACCCUUUUUUAAACUCUUUGAUUUUAUCUGCUUGUAUUUAUUGCUUAUCUCUCAUUGUAGAUAAAGAAUUUGACAUUUGAAUUGGAAAUGUGAUUCCCUGUUAUCAAAAUAUAAGGCAGAUUUGAAAAGUGAAGGAGAAAAUGCCUAAAUGCUUGUUAUACAGAAAAUGAUAGAUAUUAUAUAGAUACACAUAUAUACACUAACAAUUGAAGAACCUUCUUGCUCCUUCUUUGGGGUUCAUAUUAUAAAAAUGCAUCAAGAUGAGGCUCAGCUAAUAAUGUUGUCGUGACAGUUCAGUAGCAAAAUCUGAAGCCAGAUUUCUUUGAUUCUAUUACCUAAGUUGUGUCUUCUAUUAAAUAUGACCUUUCCCUCUCUGUUUUUCAUCUGUAUUCAAACACCUUAUGAUUGUUUAUAGAAACUAUAAAAGUGGUGUGCCUUAUUCAUAA